AUGUCCAUCCCCGUGGCCACUUCGUCGCGGAAUCGCACCGUAUCAUUAAGCUCCGGUGGGAGGUCUGCAGCGAGGACCAAGUCAUCACAAGUCCCAGACAGCACCACAAUGCCUCACGUAACCGAUUUAAAGUACUUCGACCCCUGCGCCGCCACGGCGUCUAUGUUUUUGUACGCUCAGGGCUCAUCCAUUGUCUGCUGCCACCACGAUACUCUCACUAUUGAGCGAAGGUUUUCAAGACACGCCGAUGAAGUUCAAUUAUUGGCAGUCGAUAACCAGAGUGAUGCCGGCGGUGGACGUUUUGUCGUGAGUUACGAUGCUGGCCAGACAGCAAUUGUAUGGGAUUUGAUGACAGGCGAUGAGAUCUCACGAUUUGCUUGUUAUGAGCACUUGACAGUCGCAGCAUGGAUGAAGAAUGGCAAUGUUGCUUUUGGUAACACAAAAGGAAGUAUUAUUAUGUUUGAGCCUUCAACCUCUGAACAUGUUUCUUCAAGAACAAUUGAUCAAAUUGCCGUCACUGCAUUGGCCCCAUCAGCUGAUUGUCGAACAUUUGCCAUUGGUUAUCAAAAUGGCUCUUUAUUUGUGGCUACUUUACAGCCACGCUUCACUAUCUUACACAAUCUCACUACUUCUAGAGGACCUUCACCCAUCGUUAACCUCGCAUGGCAUGCUUCCUCGUCUCGGCAAAAGUCCGACAUGCUUGCCGUCCAGAUGCGUGACGGAGACCUACGAGUCUGGAGCGUGGCAAAGAAAUACAGCGCCGAUGAUCCCGCUAAAGUGGUUCGAAACCUCAGAAAGGCCGAGAUCUCCAUGGACGGGCCAAACUGGAUGGGGUGGUCCAAGAACGGUCGCAUAAUUCAGUAUUCCGACUCGCAAACACAGUCAUGGGAUGUUAGAACAAAGCACGUCACUCAUGAUCCCAUCCCGACACUUGAUCUUGUCCGUGGCCUCGCUGUCUAUGGACCAGGUGCCACGUUAUUCACCCUUGGCCCCAACAACACAGUGCAGCAAUUGGACCUGAACUCACCAGCCAUUAUGGUUGCCAAUGUCCAACACCCAGCAAAUCUAUUACCACCCUCACCUCCAGUCUCAGAAGAGACUGGUGAUCGAUCAGCGACCUCGGCAACCACUAUCGCCUCUGAGUCCGAGACCAGCUCUAUCCCCCUAGACAUGAACAUCUCCGAAAGUGAUGAGGACCACAUGUCGCCAUUUGCUCGUCUGACCAGACGCCAAGGUUACGAUUCUGGCAACGAGCCUUACGAAUCAAACAGUCCUGUAUCAAGCCGUAGCGGACUAUCUUCCUUAUCGAAGUCCUCUACAGGGUCCUCCCAAACCCCUGGCCGUUAUCCUGGAUCCAUAAGGUCAAGAGGACUUUCGGAAAAUACUUACAUCUCUGCUGGAACCUCAAUCAGAUCAUCAACAAUCGGCAACGGCAAUGUUCAGGGUAAUACAAGAGACAUGGACUCCUACUCAAUGGGAUACUCCCUUGGCACCACCAGUGUUCCUUCUAUGACUUCUAGCCGUUCAAGACGCAGGCCUUCUCGUCUGCGCAAUGAAGUUCCCCGCAGCCCUGACGACAACAAGGUCCAUGAUCUCUUCAAAUUUACUCGAGCUCGUCUGAGUGAUAUCCCAUACAAGCAUGCCAUAGGCGCCAAUAACGCCCGUCUUACUAACGACGAUCUGCGCCGUCAAAUGCUUAACACUAUUUUCGGGUGGAACCAUGAAGUCGAGGAUCUGAUUCGGGAUGAGAUGAGCAGGCACCCUCAAGGGUCCCCUAGUCGCAUCCUCUUGGCUAAGUGGCUAGGCGAUAUCGACUCCAACAUCAUGAACGCAAACUUCGAGAACAUGACUUCGUCAGACUGGAUGCUGUUAGCCUUGAGUGGCAUCGGUGGUCAGGCGUCACAACAGAAACUUGGCCAUACAUAUGUCCAGCGCCUACUUGAGGCUGGCGAUGUGCAUGCCGCAGUCACAAUCAUGCUUGGAAUGGGUGACCAUAAUGAUGCCAUCGAGGUUUAUAUCUCUCAUAAGCGCUACAUGGAGGCUUUGAUCCUCACUUGUCUGUCUUCUCCAGGUGUAUGGGAACGCCAAGCUGCCAUCAUCAGGAAAUGGGGAGAGUGGGCUGUCCAACACGGCCAGCAACAACUGGCGAUUCGAUGUUUUGCCUGCACUGAUCAAGAGUCUACUGAGCCUUGGUCGUCACCAUCUGCUGCACAGCUCAACUUCCAGUCCAUGACGCCCAGUAUUCCUGAGAUCCUUAGCCCACCUCUUUCGCCUCCUGGCGUUCAGCGUGGUCCUCAACGCAGCAUUGCUAAGACUUCUGCGCUCAAGCUCAUUACCUCAUUUGGUGACCACAGCCAAAAGUCCAAGUUCUUUGCUGGUGAUGGCGGUCAGACCCCAAUUGCCGCUGGAGUUACCCCCAUUGCCGAUUCGGCCGGUUCACCUGCCUUAUCCCAUGCCUCCAACAACGAUGCCACGACAGCAUUCCUCCGCCCAUCAAACAACAGCAGAUUCAAUACGCCUGUUUCUGCUCGAGGACGUGGGCGGCUACCAUCCAUUGGAGAGAUUCCAUCAGAUCUUAACCGUGAUGCGAUCAAAUCAGCUGGUCUUUCUGCUGCACCAUUGGACUAUGAAAUUCGAUCCGGUCAUGGCCGUACACCUUCUGGCAAUGACAACAUGAUGUUUGGCAGUGCAUUACAGCGUGCUGCUACGGCGAGUCCGAUGAUGAUGCGUGAGCAUGCCCAACGUGUUGUCCAGUCGAGCGAUGGCGAUUAUCCACCACCACCUCCUGAUCAGGCCGCAAUGCUGAAGAUGCAACAGGCAUCGCGAAACCAUCGAAAUGGUUCACGCGAUCGCAUUCCCCUGGGUAUAAACCUUCAACUUCAACCUGGAACCUCACAGGAUGAGGUAACAUCCCCAGAGCACUCUGUUACAUCUUCGUCCCGCUACCACUGGCCGACUCGCCGAAGAGGACCUGCAUCGGUAACAAGCUCCGUUACUUCUGCUUCUAGCGCCGGAAGAAGCCUUCGCCAUCAAGCUGUACGAAACCGAGAAGACUACAUUCACAGCCUUGAUGCUGCCAAUAACUUCUCCAAAAGACAGCGAAGCCGUCAGCGUAGCCAGUCAAGAACCCGGGAUGCUUCGCGCAGUCGCCCAGGGAGCCGAGAGCGAACUGCUCGCUCUCGCGAACCUUCCGAAGAACGUGGCCGUGUAGCUGCUCGAGGUUGGCCCAAGGCCAAACGCUCACCCACCUCCCCAAUCCCCAUGUCUCCCGAGGACUUGCUGAACCUAAGCACUCCACGACAUGGCCCGAUUGGCGACCCAAGCACAGUACGCAAGGUGAGUGGAUCGACUGCGAAGCCAGGAAGUCGAGGGUCAAGCCGUGGAAGCCGUCGCAGGAGCCCGGACAGCCGAGCCCGCCCCCCAGCUUUGACCCUUCGUGGCCGAAGCCAGGGCCGGGAGGGUUCUGUACAGCGUUCUCCCUCCUCUCCAUUGCCUCUGGCAGUCGCCAUGCCCCACUACCAGGGUUCUGAGGAUGAAGAGGACUUCAGGGCAGCCAUGGCUGCCCAGGAGGAAUUUAGGAACAAGCACAGCCGCAGCGUCAGCCGAGGACAAAACUCGCCGGCACUGAGCAAGCAGGACCCUGCAGAAACCAGACGUAGGGCCAAUUCUGAAGUGGUGCCUGAUGGAUCACUCUCUACACACGGCAGAGCUGCUUCAACUGAGCAUGCCGGAGACCUCAAGCAGAUGAAGGAUGAGCGCCAGCGAAAGAAAGAACAGGCUGCCCGAGAACUUGAGGAGCGUCGCAAGUCUCUAGCCAAACGAGCUCAGACACCCUCUAUUCCCCACCCCAGCGAGUUUUCCCCUGCUCUUGCGAUCACUGUUGAGACUGCUGAGCCCAAGCCGCUGCCUGAUGAUAUCCCGCCUCGCAGCGCCACUGAGCCACCUCAGAGGAGUAUGUACGCCCGUAGUGGACCUGUCAUUGGACUUCCGGCAACACCCAAGGCCAUGAGACUUAUUAUUGAGGGCAAACAUGACCAAUCUGGAAGUACUCCCAGACCUGAAAUGCCGAAUAUUCCAGCCGGCUUUUCUCAGAGGUAUUCACCAGAAACAUCCCCCUACGGAUCCCCAGAAAGGGAGCAGCCCAUUGCGGAACCCAGUCUCACUCUGUUGCCGUCGACCGUUUAUCAACCACCGACCAGACCCCCAAUCCCCCGCAGUAUGUCAGCUCCUAUUCCCGAUGAGCCCAGUCAACGCACGGGACGUUUCGGACGUAAAGGAAGCGUGGGACGCAUUGAAGAAGUUGUCACUGGCGAGCGACGACGUUCGCACGAGGAUCCUAUCCCUCCUCCUCCUCCCCCUCCCCCUCCCGCGCCUCCAGUGCUCAAGGAGCUCAGACAUCUCGCUUCACCUCCACCGCCGCCUCCUGCCCCUCUUCAGUACGCCCAGCGACCUCAACAGGCGGGCGCUGUUGCUUCGGGCAUGAUUGAGAUUGUCAUGGAUGAUGAUUUGUCGUCUGGCAAUGACCAGGCUUCAGAGGCUAGCCCUCCUGCUCCAGCUUCCCACAGAGGCCACAACCGAGGCCGGAGCAUUGGAGAUAGCAGCAUCUCAGGCCGUCUUCACAAGGCCACUGAGCGACUCCGAUCCGGUAGUCGCAGUCGUAAGGAGUAUGUCCGAUCUCCUCCUUUCGAGGCUCCCUAUGAGAGCAUCCCCAUGCCACGACAACUCAAGUCUCCCCCUCCGGUGUCAUACAACCCGGACGUCUUGCGUUCACCCAUUGACUCCAGGAACAAGCACUUGUCGACUGGUCUGCACCGGAACGAGAUGAUCUAG